AGAGGACUUGAUAAGCAGAAGUGGAAACUCGUCCCAAGCCGUAUGGACCCUGUGCGGAAGUCCCGAUCUCCUUUCCUUGGACUAGUUCCACUGACCGGCAUCAUCAUCUUUUGAAGACUUUAGCCACAAGUCCAGGGACCUCGGCAACUUCGAGACUGCCAUAAAGUUCACAGGAGCAGUCGAGAUCAGUCAGUCACACAAAACUUCAGGAUCGGUCGCCUCUGCCUUCUGUUUCGUUCUCCUUUCUGGGAAGCGGAUCGGGGUGAACCUGGCUUUUGUUUCACCGAUUCUCUGUCAAGCUCCCAUAGCCAAUCUUCCUCCAGUAGAAGUUAGGUCAAGGUUACUAAUUUAUCCAAUGGAACUCAAGGAAGAAACGAUAUUUCAACAUGAUAGUUGCAGCAACAAAAGGAACUCAUGCUCUUCCAUCUGUGAUGAAAAUUUAGAGACAUCACGGGCAUCAGCUUGUAGUACAGAAAAGGAUGUGGAUAUUUUAAUGUGUAGAGUUUGCCAUUGUCUCGAACCUGACAUCAGGGGAGAUGCUGCUUUAGAAUUUUUAAAUAUUAUCCCUCCAUCACAAGGAUUAUCAGAAAUCAACAAUGACCGAAAUUCAUAUGACGAACUUCCUCAAAAAUGGACUGUAAAAGGAUCCAUCAAUAACAAGUCUUCUCAGGAGGAUACUGAUUUUAUUCAGUUUAUAAGUCCUGAAGGUGAGAUAUUGGUUUGCAGUGCUGAUGUAGAAUCAGGUUCAUGCCUUUGUCAUGACACAAUCAUAGAUCUAGGAUGCUCUUGCAAAAACGAUCUUUCUCAUGCUCAUUAUGCUUGUGCACUUAAGUGGUUUAUAAGUCAUGGUUCCACUGUAUGUGAGAUCUGCGGAAGUUUAGCUAAAAAUGUACGAGUAGAGGAUUUUAGAAAGGUUGUGGCUUCCUUAAAAGACUAUGAAGAACUAAGGGAUAGAACAGUCACAGGAGAACCUACUUAUAUAAACAUGGAGGCAAGUUCUGGUAUUGAUCCUGAUGCUGUUGCUGCUAUUAGAAGGCAAAGACUUAGUGAGAUAUCAUUGUGGUUCAAUCCUCAUAAUAAUACUGCAUCAAUCUCCCAGGAGGCUGUAGAGGAAGUGCCAUAUAAUCCAAUAGAAAAUGUUGUAACUAGGGACACACAAAUAAACAAGUCAGCUUUGGAGCACUCAGGAAUUUUAGUUGUUACUGGUCUGCUCACCGUUAUUCUUUUCUGGUUUGUUGCUCCUCGAAUCGGAAAGAAAGGUGCAAAAUUUGGUUUCCAUAUUCUUCUUGGAGGGCUAUGUGUGUUGGCAGUAGUGAUCUUUGUUAGAUUUAUAAUGCCAACCAGAUUCAAACAUGGGUUAACGCGCUAUUGGGCAAUCUUGUUUGUGUUUUGGUUUCUUGCUUUUGCAAUUUGGGCUACUCGGACCCACAAUAUCCGUGCAAAAUAAUCCUGCCUUGACGUGCUGGGAAGGUCCAUACUUUCAUUUGCAUGUGAAAGCAGUGACUGCAGGACAACUGCAUUCUGAAAGGUGAUGUCCAAUCAUCAGUUGACAUUCAAACUAAAUGUUUGGACUCUUGCCAGCCGGUAGUUUUGACAGGAGAGGUCUAUAGUUUUUGCUGGAUCACAGGUAGGUAUCCUGCUGCACCCAGGUAAACCUUGUAUGAAACUUGUUUAUAGAAUCAAGUGGUAAUUUAGUAGUUGUUUACCGCAAUGCUCUUUUGCCUUCUUGGUAAUGAUUUCUUCUUUUUUCUUGGUAAUACGCCAAAUUGUGAGUUUUGAACGUAAUCAAACCAUCUAGAAUCCCGAUCCAUUUUUUCAUGCCUCUGGCAAAGUGUGCCUGGGAGUGCUGUAAAGUCAUUAUCCCUCCCAUGGAAUGUAGUAUUUCUACAAGUGAGUUUGUGGUUCUGCUAGAUUGUUAAGUAUCUUGUGUUGUACAUAAAUAACAUGAAAUAAGUCUGUUAUUUUGACUUGGCUUAAAUGGGCAUGCUGCAACUUUUUGUAUGAUACACAUCAUA